GCAGUGCCUCAUGCUUUUUCUCCGGACAGAUGGCUCUGUAAUGGCAGCUCCAUAAUGGUGGCUGGUGAGGCUGAGGUGUUCAUGAGAGUUGUUCUCCUGCUGUUCUGGGUUGGAAUGUCUCUAUCCCCUUCUGCCUUCUCUCAGGCUGGGCCCUCCCAAUACCUCAGAUCCCCAGAAGUGGUGACCCCCAUGAAGGUGACUGGUAGAGGCAAAAGUGCAAAAACUCCAGGCUGGCUCUCCUACAGCCUGCAGUUUGGGGGCUGGAGACAUGUUGUCCAUAUGAAGGUCAAGAAGCUCUUGGUUUCCAGACACCUCCCGGUGUUCACACACACAGACCAGCAUGCCCUCCUCCAGGAUCAGCCUUUUGUUCCUGAUGACUGCUACUAUCACGGUUAUGUGGAAGGAAUCCCUGAGUCCAUGGUUGCCCUCAGUACCUGUUCUGGAGGUUUUCGAGGAAUGCUACAGAUUAAUGACCUUGCUUAUGAAAUUGAGCCCAUCAGGCACUCUACCAAAUUUGAACACUUGGUUUAUGAGAUAAACACUAAUGAGACACAAUUCCCACCUGUGAGAUGUGGCUUAACACAGAAGGAGAUAGCACUCCAACAGUUGAAAUUUGAAGAGGUUAAGAAGUCAACUUUGAAACAAAAUUCUAAUGAUAAAUGGUGGACCCACUCAUGGUUUCUGGAGCUGGUUGUGGUGGUAGAUCACAAUUUCUUAAUUUAUUCUCAAAGCAACUUCUCAAUGGUGCAGGAAGAUGUAUUUCUUGUUGUCAACAUAGUGGAUUCCAUUUAUCAGCAGUUGGGUACUUAUGUGAUUUUAAUUGGGAUUGAGAUUUGGAAUCAAGGAAAUGUUUUCCCAAUGAUAAGCAUAGAACAGGUUCUGGAGGAUUUCGCUCAAUGGAAACAACUCAGUCUUUCCCAGCUACAGUAUGAUGUUGCACAUUUUUUCAUAAAAAAUUCACUUAUAAGUGUACUUGGUAUAGCCUAUGUUGCAGGAAUAUGUCGUCCUCCUAUUGAUUGUGGGGUUAAUAAUUUCCAAGGAGACCCCUGGUCUCUUUUUGCCCUCACUGUGGCCCAUGAGUUAGGACAUACUUUGGGUAUGCGGCAUGAUGAAGAAUUCUGUGUGUGUGAGCAAAGUGGUUGCAUCAUGAAUGCCAUCAGAGUACCAGGAGAGAAAUUCACCAAUUGUAGUUAUAUAGAUUUUACAAAAACCACUUUAAACCAGGGAUCAUGUCUGCACAACAUUCCACGUCCAGGAGAAGUAUUUAUGUUGAAGCACUGUGGGAACGGUAUAGUUGAAGGAGAAGAGAAAUGUGACUGUGGAUCUAUAAAGCAAUGUGAACAAGAUUCCUGUUGUCUGUUGAACUGCACUCUGAGGCCUGGGGCUGCUUGUGCUUUUGGGCUUUGUUGCAAAGACUGUAAAUUCGUGCCAUCAGGGGAACUCUGUAGACAUCAGGUCAAUAAAUGUGACCUUCCAGAGUGGUGCAAUGGGACAUCCCAUCAGUGUCCAGAAGAUGGAUAUGUGCAGGACGGGAUUCCCUGUGGUGACAAUGCCUACUGCUAUCAAAAGAGAUGUAAUAACCAUGAUGAACAGUGCAGGGAGAUUUUUGGUGAAGGAGCAAAGAGUGCCUCUCAGAGCUGCUAUAAAGAAAUCAACUCCCUGGGAAACCGUUUUGGCCACUGUGGUAUAAAUGGCACAACAUACCUAAAAUGUAAUUCCUCAGAUAUCCUUUGUGGGAGAGUUCAGUGUGAGAAUGUGAGAGAUAUUCCCCAUCUGAGAGAUCACUCCACUUUGCAGCAAACUCACAUCAACAGUGUCACCUGCUGGAGUAUUGACUAUCAUUUAGGAAUGGACACACCUGAUGUUGGUGAAGUAAAAGAUGGCACCAUGUGUGGUCCAGGAAAGAUCUGCAUACACAAGAAGUGUGUCAGUUUGUCUCUCUUGUCACAGGUCUGUCUGGCUGAGACCUGCAACAUGAGGGGUGUCUGCAAUAAUAAACAUCACUGCCACUGUGACUAUGGGUGGUCCCCACCUUCUUGCCUGCACAGAGGCUAUGGAGGUAGUGUUGACAGUGGCUCAGCAUCUGCCAAAAAAGUUUUCUUGCUACUAGUGGUGAGUCUUAUUUUGUCUGUUUUGUUUUUACUGUCAACUGCUGUAUUUAUUUACCUUAGAAAACAUUUUGGUCCCAAGGAGACUAAGGCUCAGUCUUCAGGUUAGGAAAAUGCCUCUAAUUUAAUAUCCUAUGCAUAAGUUUUAGUCUCUUGGCAGUGGAAAUGUUACUAUAUGCCUGAAACUGAGCACAUUUCUGACAGUAUACAGAAAAAUGCAGGGACCUUCCCUUUUGUCCGUAUCAGAAACAUCAGAAACAUUGUCAUUAAGCAAAGUAAUCCGUAACAUCUUCCUAUCUACUGUUCAUUGUUUUAAGCAGCAAAUAAAGCUCC